UGUUAGUCCAAUUCGAAAAUAGCCAUUCAAGAUCAGUCGCAUUUUAGUCAAGUCCGUGUCGCGAUUAACAAAGAUGAACAUUAAAUAUAAUUUCUUAGCAAUAAUUAUUGCUAUUCUCUGUCAGAUUUGUUGUGCAAGUAAAUUAAACAUAAGCUUGUCUGAAUUGGAAACAUGCGAAGUGUACUAUUCAGAUGCUACACAUAAUAAUUUCAGACAUUUCUUCAAUGUAAGUUCUAUGAAAAAAAGUUUGAAUAAAGACAACGAACGAUUGCAUUUGAAAUUCUACGUAAUGAAUAGCAACGCCUUCAUCAUAUUGCUUUCAGAAGUUGUUAGACCCAGUUGCAAUGAUCCAUUUUGUGAACGUAGAUAUGAAAUCGCUCUUGGUACUAAAAACUCGGUAAUUUGGACUAAUUUAAGGAGAGGAUCUGAUGCGGUAUUACUCACAAGAGGGCCGUCCCUCAUCGACGUGUUAUCGAAUUUUGAUCCAAUACCAGUUGAAGUAAUUCAAACGAAUGUGAUUUUAUUUUCAGCUGGAGAAGUAAUUGUAAAUAUACCUGGCUAUGCAGAACCUCUUAUGAAAUAUUUGGAUAAAAAUCCUAUGGAUAUCAAGUUUUUUAGCUUUGGUUCUCCUAUAACGCCAGCUAAGUGGUUCUACAACUGUCAAUUCGAUGAAAAUUCCAACAUAGAAAGCCAAAAGAAGUCUGAGAAUGGAAUUAAAACUGUCGAAACUUUUAUUAACCAACAGAAAUUCUCUGAACAACUAAAAUCAAUUGCAAACCUCGCAGAAAAAAACAAUGAAGAACAAUUAUUGGCUUCAAAGUUAUCGGCCAAAGAUAUGAAAGAGUUGAUGGAAUAUUUUGUGUCUGGAUUUCGACCCUCUAAUAGACAUAUUUCAUUUUGUAGUGGCUUAGUUCCAACAUUGGACAAUUUUGAUGACAAUCAAGUGGUUAAGUUUCAACUAGGAGUUAUUGAGCUAAUGCAACAAAUCAAGAACCCUACAACAACAACAACCACAACAGAAAAACCGAUGCCGAAAAUAGAUAUACGGAUUGGACAAUGAAGAAUCUUCGUAUUCAUGGUCAUAUAUUGUGAAUUGAAUGGUAGAUAUUUUGAUAUUUUCUAUCCUUAAUAAUUUUUUUGUGAUCAAUUCUUCGUGAAUUUAUUAAAUAAA